AGUAUGUUUGAUACGCCAAAAUUUUCAGCCAGACGCUUCCUUGCCAUGGGAUGGUCAUCUCAGGUUUCUGGGGCGCAGUGUGGCUGGUGCCGGUCCUGGAAGCAGCGUGCCCACCAGCCACCAACUCCACGCAGGACUUCCUGCGAUGUCUCGACCUCCAGCAUAAGCUGGGCCAGUCGGACUUGGAUGAGGUGACGCAGACUCCCACUGAGGCUGCCGAUAAUGAAGCUGUGGAAUACUUCGAGGAGCUGUCGAGGAAUCGACAGCAGCUGACCUCUUUUGACAGAGAGGUCAAUGUCUUCACGGAGAAGAUGCGACUUCAACUUUUAGAGUGGACAGCAGACAGGAGCCUGCUUCCACGGAUUUUUAUCAUGGGCGACAUUGAACCAGCCUGCCAAAUGAUGGAGGAGUCAGUAGGCUUCCGAUAUUCUAUGGAACACUGGGUUCAUCGAAUGCUGACGUCCAGCGAUUCCAUCCUGGUCUCGAAUGUCGAGGCCGCGGAUUUUGUCUUCCUGCCCCACUGUGCCACGGGGGUCUUUAUGCACAUGGUCGUGCAAGACGAGCAGCGCCAGAAGGGCGGCAUUGGGCACGCGGCCUCCUUGUCGCAGUUGAACGCCUCGGCCUGGAAGAGAGGACGGCAGAUCUUUUUGGGCUACGAGGGCAACCUGCCAGCCUCCACAGUGCUGCGCCUUGACAAGACCUACUUGAUGCACAAGGUGAACGUGGUUUGGAAGGACGUGCCAGCCUUCAGCCACUGCUGGCGUCGCAAGAGCUGCAAGUUCCUGACGGCCAGCAUCUACGGGCGUCAUGUCUGGCGUCAGUUUGCGAGCACCUUCGGCAGCAAAGCCGUCUUCAUCACCCACGCUGGGAUGUCGGACUGGCUGCGGAACCAGCCGGAGGAGCUCUUUUCAGGCGAAAGCGAUUUCGCCGCACACGCCAGCUCUUGCGGCGCGUCUUGCGAGUUGCACUGCAUGAUGGACCCAGCGCCGGUUCUUCCACAGGACAUCGUGCUCCCCUGGGUGGUGGCCUUCGAAUGGACUUCUCGGGCGAUCUCCUUCCACCAGCGGGACAUUCUGGUCUUCUACAGCGGCACGGAGAACUCUUGCUCACGGAAGCGAAUCAGGGAGGUCUUCGCUGGCACCUUUGAGCACGAGAUGGCCAAGGAGUCGAAUGCUCGGAAGGAUCGGGUUCUCAUUUUUCCCCCCGAGUUCCGGCUGAAGCAGAAGGAAUGGUCUGAGCUGGCCUACCGCUCCAAGUUGUGCCUUUGCCCUGAUGGCGACUCCCCCAACACUGGGCGCCUGAUUGAGGUGAUGAUGCACGGAUGCGUGCCGCUCAUCAUCUCCAACAGGCUGCAGCCACCUUUUCAUGAGUACUUCGACUGGUCCCGCAUCGCCUUCUUCCUGCGGGAAGAUGCCAUCCCGCGGCUGCCCCAGAUCCUGGCCUACCUUCAAGGCCCCCAGGGCCGUGGCCAGAUUGCGCAGAAGCGGCACUUGCUGAAGCAGAUGGGCUUCCUCUGCGACUACGCCCGGGACGGCGUGGGCUCCACCAUGCUCAUGGCCCUCAGGGAGAGGGCCAAAGAGCUGCGCGCCAUUUGAAGAAGCGGAUGAGG